AUGGCCUUCUGUGUUUUGACGUUGAUAGUAAACCUGUCAAUAAUUCUUACGUUUCAAGGAGAAGAACCAGAUGUGAUGUGUGGAUACCGUCUUUAUUUUACAAAUGUCACUUGGCACACUGCUUACAAAAUCUGUGAGGCGGAAAAGAAAAUGCUGGUACAACUGGAUUCAGAUUUACAUACCUUCGAAGUCAUAUUCAGUCAUUUGAUAACAAAACUAUUUGAAAGAGCCACGACACUUAUAAAUGGAUCUAAUCUAGGAAUAUGGUUGGGAACAUUUCAGCGGACCUCCUCCAAUGAGAUCAUGGACUAUCAGUGUAAGCCAUUAUACAUGGACCCGUUCCUAGGCCAGCUGCAACCAAGAGAGGAUAUUUUGUGCAUAUUUUAUAACUUCUUCACUGGAAAAUUUCAAGCAGAAAACUGUGACAAGCAGAAAUCCUUUCUUUGCAAGAGCUACAAAGAUGAGAAAACAGACUGCAUGAUGACUUCGAACAGAAGUCUGAUUUAUAACGAUGGUAAUCACGUUUUGUGCUUUUCUUCUGAAUCCAACACCCCAUCAACAUACUUUGCUGUAUUUCAAAAUGACACGUACUUUGCAACAUACAAAUAUAGGCCCCGAGAAAAUUGUUCGUUGGAGAAGUUUUACCCUGGAAUCCCGGAAAUAAAUCAUACUAGUACUUUCUGGUAUUUGCCGCAUCCUCCGCUGUAUAAACCUGACAAACCACUGAUCAAGUGGUGCCCGGAGCUUCAAGAGAGGAUUGAAAUUAGGAAGAAUAAUUUGACUGUUCACAGGAAGAAUACAACCAAGUACCAACGGACGCUGAUCAGUGCCCCUGAUGAUAGACCAACCUCAAAAUACAUGGGGGUGGUUGGAGCCUUAGUCAUUUCUCUCGUCGCUGGGUUAAUUGUUUGUGUUGAUUUGAUGAACUUCUCCAAAAAGUGUAAACCAGUACGUGUUAAAGCUGAAUAAUAAUAAAGAACA